AUGCUGUCCUCGGCGUGUGCGACACGUUUGUCUACUACUCGAAUUGCCCAGCGAGCUGUCGUCGUGGCUGGUCGAAGGCACGCUCCAGUGCAAAUUGUUCGAAGAGCUGUAAGGGGAAUACAGACUGCUCAACAAACAGACAGGGACACUAUCACAAGGCUGCUGUAUUCUCUGGGAACCAAGAAAGAGGUCGAGCGCCAUCUCCGCAUCUUUUCAGCAGCGUCGCACCCAUCGCACCCAGCAAAGUUCGCUGUCAUCAAGGUCGGGGGUGCAGUCCUGGAACAGCUCGACGAACUCGCUCUUAGCUUGAGUUUCUUGUAUCGCGUUGGACUCUACCCGGUCGUUCUACAUGGCGGGGGUCCUCAGCUCAACGAUAUCAUUGAACGGGAGGGCGUUGUCCCCGAUUACAUUGACGGAAUUCGAGUGACAGAUGCAAAGACUCUCCAGGUAGCGCGCCGUGUCUUCCUAGAAGAGAACCUCAAGCUCGUUGCUGCUCUUGAGAAGCUAGGAACACGAGCUCGCCCUAUCACAUCGGGUGUCUUCACCGCCGACUACCUCGACAAAGAUAAAUACCAGCUUGUCGGAAAGAUCACUCGUGUCGACAAACGUCCCCUUGAAGCGUCCAUCAGAGCAGGCGCAUUGCCAAUCCUCACCAGCCUCGCGGAGUCCCCCGAGGGACAGAUCCUCAACGUCAAUGCCGACAUCGCUGCUGGAGAGCUCGCCAAGGAACUCGAGCCGAUGAAGAUUGUCUUCCUCAACGAAAAGGGGGGGCUGUUCCACGGAGUUACCGGCGAGAAACUGGACAUCAUCAACCUCGACGAGGAAUAUGACCAACUGAUGAAAGAGCCGUGGGUUAAGUAUGGCACAAAGCUCAAACUUCGCGAGUUCAAGGAACUCCUCGAGCACCUCCCCCGUACAUCCUCCGUCGCCGUCAUCUCGGCAUCGUCGCUCCAGAAGGAGCUCUUCACUGACAGCGGUGCAGGCACGCUCAUUCGCCGCGGCUACAAACUCUUCAAACACGACAGCAUCGACAAAAUUGGCGCAGAUCGAUUCCGGCAGGUCGUGCAUGACCGUGACCCCGAAGUCCUUGCCGGUCUGCAGAGCGUCACGGGUGUGCUCAACGACCUGAAGAACACGCCGUACACCGUAUACGGCGAUGAUCCUUUAGACGUCGUCGCGGUCGUGUCGCGGCCCGAAGGCGAGGUCCCAGUGAUGACGCGGAUGCUCGCGAGCCGCACAGGUGUGCUGAACAACGUCACGGACAACAUCUUCAACGCCAUCAAGAAGGAUCAUCGCCGCCUCUUUUGGACUGCGCAAGCUGACGACGAGAACCGUGCCUGGCACUUCGAGCGCGCCGACGGGAGCUUCACACGUGCUGGGAAGAGUCUGUUUUGGUACGGUGUGCAGGAUGUCGCGGAGGUCGAGCGGAUUAUCAAGGGGUUCGAGGCGAAGGGGCGGAUUGAUAGGUCGUACCUCCCUGUUGGUCCUGCUGCACCUCCAAGGAAGGAUGCUGGGCUCGGCGGCGUGAAGCAGUAUUCGACUCUGGCAAGAAAGGCGAUGCCCGGGUACUCCAGAGGUUACGCGACCUCUGCUCCAGCUGCAGCUGAGCCGAAGCGUCUCGCCUUGAUCGGCGCGCGGGGCUUCACUGGUCAAUCACUCACAAGUCUUCUCUCCUCGCACCCCACCCUAGACCUCACACAUGUGUCUUCCCGCCAGCUGGCCGGGUAUCCGUUGGACUCUUACACCAAAGCCUCCAUCAAUUAUUCAAACCUCUCUGUUGAUGAUGUCGCGGAGAUGGAGAAAGAGGGGGAGGUGGAUGCGUGGGUGAUGGCGUUGCCGAAUGGCGCGUGCAAGCCGUUCGUGGACGCCGUGGAUCGCGGGGCUAAGGAGCGGAAGGCCGGGGAGGGUAGCGUGGUUGUGGAUCUGAGCGCGGAUUACAGGUUCGAGAAGGGCUGGACGUAUGGUCUUCCGGAACUCUACGGGCGCGAGCGGAUACGGACGUCGAAACGAAUAUCAAACCCAGGAUGCUAUGCGACUUCCUCGCAACUGCUCAUCGCACCGCUCCUAAAAUACCUGAAGCCCGGCGCCUGGCCCACGGUGAUGGCGCUCUCUGGGUACAGCGGCGCAGGCACCGUAGCUGCCACAGACCCCGACGGUCGACCUGUGAGUGCACCGAAGGUCACACCAGAGAUCCUCGGCGGCGGCGUGCGCCCAUAUGCACUCACCGAUCACAUCCACGAACGCGAGGCCGGGCAUCAUCUCUCAACGCUCCUCACUUCCCGAGGCGCUAACGGCCCCGAUAAAAUGAAGCUCGCGUUCGUGCCUAUGGUCGCGCCGUGGUUCAGCGGGAUCAUCUCGACGCUGUCGAUGCCGAUCAACCAGAAGUUGACGGCCCGGGAGGUCGCGGCGCUGUACGAGGAAAUGUAUUCUGGAGAGAGGCUGGUGAAGAUCCAGAAGGGCGUUCCCGAGUUGAGAGACGUUGAGGGGAAGCAGGGGUGGACUGUUGGAGGGUUUCAGGUGCACAGCGAGGGCGAGAGAGUCGUGGUCGUGGGUGGCCUAGAUAACUUGCUGAAGGGUGCAGCGACACAAUGCUUGCAGAAUGUGAACAUAGCACUGGGGCUGGAAGAAUAUGCAGGCAUACCUGAAGACAACUAA